AUGAAGCUGAGUCUCGGUCUCACGGAUGCCCUCCAGGGCCCCUACCUUGCGCGGGACUGCGUAAGAGCAUCGCUCGAAAUACGAGGGCCUGCCUUUCAAAAAUCGCCGCGCAUCUCGGCGAAGCUCGCCGGCGCCCUGAUGGUGUCGUAUCCCACGCAGAUUAACGCCGCGAGCCCUGGACAGGUGACGAAUGUGCUGUUUGAGCAGUCCAAGACGAUAGACUAUCGGGACCUGCAGUGGAGCGAAGACGCUUCCACUGGCGAGUCGAUAUACACCACGCCCGUCGAGUUCCAGUUCCCCGCCGGCGCCUGCUAUUGCGACAAGUCCAAGAAAUGCCAGCUCCCACCCACGAUGGACGUUGCCGAGCAGGGCAUGCGGGUCAAGGUCAAGUACACCUUGACCGUGUCCGUCGGCCGCAGCGUGCUCGGCCCGAUGACAAAGUCCAAGAGCGUGGCGAUGGAGGUUCCCUUCAGCUGCAACCCGUCCACUUCCAAGCUUCCGCGGUCGACCUUCGUCUUGUCGGUGCCGAUGGCGGAGAAGCCCGGCCAACAGCUCGCCCAACUGCGCAGCGCGGCGGAGGACCAGGAGCGCCCGGACGGCUCGUGCCCCUCGUAUAACCCGAAGUCCGCGCCGUGCAUCAAGCUCGAGUUCAUCUUCUCGCAGCCGGCCGUCCUGAUCCGAGGCCAGCCGACGCCGGUCCGGAUCGUCGUCCACACGCCCACGGACCUGAUCGAGGCGGGCAAUGUCUAUCUGCGGCACAUCUCGAUGGACCUGAAGUCGUCCGUCACGACGUCCACCGGCGCGUUGCCGAAAACAGUCACGCAGAGGAACCGCGGGCUCAGCAUGGCCGGGGCGGUCAAGAUUGACAGCGAGCUGUUUGAGCUCGAUUCGGGGGCGUGGGGCAACUUUUUCGUCUUGAACACCAAGCCGACGACGGAGUCUUGCGUGUUGAAGCUGGGCCACGUGAUGGAGAUGGUGGCGGGGAUAUCCAUUGGGCUGGGGAACGAUAUAAAGUAUGCUGGUGCGGCGUAUGAAGUGAUCGUGAUGGAACCACCGCCGGCGUAUGAAUCAACCACCAAAAGCGAAUGCGUAUCAAACGGCGAAUAA